UUCAAAACCCGAGUUUUUUUAGUUUGUUUUAUCGUUAUCGUUAUAAUAUAAUUUCCGGUCUUGACUUUCAAGAACAUGAUUUCACCGUAGAUCCUGAAACAAGCUAAACAACAUCUUCGGACAGAAAGUAGCGGUCAAAACCCAAAAAAUGGCUUCUGAAAAUAGGGGAGAGAAAUCCCAGAAGCUCAUAUCAUUAUCUCGACGGCUCAGCCUCUACGAACCUCCUCCCCAUCUAAACAACCCGGCCAGAAGACAACAUGGGAUCCCAAAAUCUGCAAACCCCAAAAGAGCUGCAGUUCUCAUCUGCAUCUUUGAAGGAAAUGAUGGAGAACUUCGUGUAAUCCUCACACAACGCUCUUCACAACUCUCUUCUCACUCAGGUGAAGUGGCCUUGCCUGGUGGAAAAAGGGAGGAAGGUGAUGCUGAUGAUAUAGCAACUGCAUUGAGAGAGGCUAAGGAGGAGAUUGGUUUGGACCCUUCUCUUGUUGAUGUUGUUACUGUUAUUGAGCCAUAUAUGACCAGGUUUCAUGUGACUGUUAUUCCUGUGAUUGGUAUACUGUUUGACAAGAAAGCAUUCAAUCCAACUCCAGAUGCUAGUGAAGUGGAAUCAGUAUUCGAUGUUCCCCUAGAAAUGUUUCUUAAGAACGAGAACAGGAGAGAAGUCGAGGAUGAGUGGAUGGGAGACAAGUUUCUAUGUCAUUUCUUUGACUAUCAGUCAGGGGAAAAAGGUUUUAUUAUAUGGGCUUUCACUGCUGCAAUAUUGAUUAGAGUUGCUACAAUUGUCUACCAAAGACCGCCUGCAUUUCUUGAGCGAAGGCCGACAUUGUGGAAUGGAAUUCCUGAUAAAGAUCUCGCCAAGCUAUAGAUCCUUGGCUUUUUUAUUUGUGCCAACCCAUUCAUUUAACCAUGUUCUUUGAAGAUAUAUGGAAAAUGUUUCAAAACAGCAUAUAAUCUGAAGCCCUUUUUCCUCUCCA